AUGGCCGGCGACGACGGCAGCAGCGGGAGCGGCGGCGGCGGAGGAGGCAUCGGGGAGGAUGAGGUCCACGUACAGAUCGCAGGAUCAUCCAAACCUGAAACUUCAUCUACUAAUGAAACAGCUCCUCAAAACACUCAUACCAAGCAUUGGCAUUGGUGGCUGAUGGUAGCUGUGAACAUUUUCUUCCUCGUUGCUGGUCAGACAGCAUCGACACUCCUUGGUAGGUUCUACUACAACCAAGGUGGAAAUAGCAAGUGGAUGUCCACAUUUGUCCAAACCGCUGGCUUUCCUGUGUUGUUCGUCGCCCUAUAUCUGUUCCGUUCAAAAUCACCUUCUACACAAACAACCACCAGUAACCCUGAGACUUCUGUCGCCAAAAUUACUCUUAUAUAUAUUGCCUUGGGCCUCAUCAUUGCUGCCGAUGACUUGAUGUAUUCCUAUGGCCUCUUGUACCUUCCUGUAUCAACAUAUUCGCUCAUAUGCGCUAGUCAGCUGGCCUUCAAUGCUAUCUUCUCAUAUGUCCUAAAUGCUCAAAAGUUCACUGCAUUGAUUUUCAACUCGGUAAUCCUCCUUACCUUUUCCGCUGCACUUCUUGGAGUCGACGAAGAUUCUCAGGGUACUAAUGGUUUAUCGCGUGGGAAGUACAUAUUGGGUUUCGCAUUGACCCUAGGAGCCUCAGCCACAUACUCACUAAUUCUCUCUCUAAUGCAAGUCGCAUUCGAGAAGGUUAUUAAGAAGGAAACUUUCUCAGUCGUGUUGAAUAUGCAGAUAUAUACUGCACUAGUGGCAACAAUAGCUUCUCUUAUCGGGUUAUUUGCGAGCGGUGAGUGGAAGACUUUAGAGGGAGAGAUGCAUGCCUUCAGCUCAGGGAGGCUGUCCUAUGUGAUGACACUUCUAUGGACUGCUGUAUCUUGGCAGAUAGCUUCCGUAGGAGUGGUGGGUUUGAUCUUUGUUGUGUCAUCACUCUUUUCAAAUGUGAUAAGCACACUAGCUCUACCCAUCAUUCCAGUUUUUGCUGUGAUCUUCUUCCACGACAAGAUGGAUGGAGUGAAGAUUAUUGCUAUGUUGAUGGCCAUCUGGGGAUUUGUUUCAUAUGGAUAUCAAUUAUAUAUUAGUGACAAGAAAGCUAGGAAGACUUCAGUAAGUGUGGAGGAGAAUUCCUAA